UGUUUCAAAUUUAAAAACGUUUAACAUCGCUUGGAAUACGGAAAAGGAAUACGGUUCGGGUAACAAAAAGGCAAAAGUGUGCAUGUGUGUGGAAAAGUGAAGAAAUAAAGUGGCUGUGAUUUAAGUGUUGUGUGAAAUAUUUGUGCCUUUAAGGAUCAAAAAUUAUCACCAAUGCUUCAAUGGUGCUCGUUCAGUUGUGAUUUCAAUGUGAAAAGAUUGCCAUUGUAAAACCCACUCCAUCGCCCCACCACAAAAAAGAAAGAAAUGCAUUUGAAACAUUUAAAACUAUUCUGGCUGUUCAUCACAAUUUGUGUUCUUGUGACCUUUGUAACAGCCGAACCAGAAGGCAAAUCCAAAAGCAAGGACAAGCAUGCAAAGAAAGUGAAAAAGGUGCGCCUGCGCAAGAAGGUGCAUUUGGAUAGACCCCUAGGAGAUGAACCCAAAGAAGAAUUGCCAGAUGCCAGUUUGGAUGAUUUGGAAAAUUAUGAUUACAGUAAUUAUGAUGAUGAUCUGGGUGCAGAAGUUGAUCAAUUUGAAUCGCAUAGUGAAGUUGUCACUUCGUCUACCACCUCGUCUAGCACCCGCAAUCUCAUGACCUCGAAUGUCAUUGGAGCCUUCUCAUGCCACUUUGAGGGCAAUUGGUAUCGCGAUAAUGAUGAGUUUACCAGCGAACAAAACAAUUGCAGCCAUAAUUGUGUGUGCAAGGAGGGCAAGAUAAGAUGCAGUCCUUCGGAUGACUGUACCCCCGCAUUGGGUCCCCCCAUCAACGUUCAGCCAGCCGAUGAGAGGCCUUCGACAACGGAAAGAGCUGCUGUGCAAUCGGCUACACCCACUGCCUAUAUUCCUUAUGAGUCAGCGGUUGGUCCUCGUGGUGAUAGGGGUUAUCCAGGAGCUCAAGGUCCGGCUGGAGAGUCUGGUAUGCCUGGUACCCCCGGCAAUCCUGGUGUUCCCGGAAGUCCUGGCCCUCCUGGUCCUGUUCCCGAUAUGAGCUAUUACCAUCAGCAAUUGGCUGCUGAAUAUGCCAGCUCCGAUAAAGGUCCUAACGCAGCUCCUUUUGUGGCUCCCACAUUUAUACCACCCGCAGGUCAACCGGGACCUCGCGGUCCUCCUGGUAAUGUGGGCCCUCAAGGCCCUCAAGGUUUUCAAGGCACUCGUGGUGAACCUGGCGAGGCCGGUCUUCAAGGGCCGACUGGUGCUAUGGGUCCCAGAGGUUUGCCUGGUCCUCCUGGUAAGGAUGGCAUGCCUGGCGAAGAUGGUGAAGCUGGUCCCGCAGGUAAUGCAGGAUCUCCUGGUCCUCGUGGUAUGCCCGGUCUUCCUGGCCAACCUGGAUUAAAAGGACAUCGUGGUUUGCCCGGCGUGGAUGGUUCUAAAGGUGAUGCUGGUGCUCCUGGUGAAAAGGGCUCUGCUGGUGUUAUGGGACCCGUAGGACCUGUUGGACCCACUGGUCCUGCUGGGCCUCGUGGAGAACGUGGUCGUGAAGGUGCCCCUGGUCAGGCCGGCGCCAGAGGUUUGGAUGGCAAUCCCGGUGCUCCUGGUCAGCCUGGUUCGGUAGGCAAACCUGGACCACCAGGUUUCACUGGCAUUCCUGGUGCCAAAGGUGAUAUGGGUUAUAUGGGCCCCAAAGGUGACCAAGGUCUGCAAGGUCCUCGUGGUGAAGCUGGCCGCCCUGGUGCUCCCGGAGAAAAUGGUAUGCCUGGUCCCGCAGGAAAAGAUGGCUCACCUGGCGAUAAAGGUUCAAUGGGUGCUCCCGGAAUUGCUGGACCUCAAGGUUUUCCCGGACCAAGGGGUCCCGAUGGCUUACCCGGCAGCCAGGGCGAACCUGGAAUCAAAGGUGCUCCCGGACAACCUGGUGAAAGAGGCUACAAAGGCGAUCAAGGCAUAAAGGGCGAGGCAGGUCAACCAGGCCCCCGUGGUUUACCCGGCACAGUUGGCCCUGAAGGAAAACGUGGCAAACGAGGUAUGCGUGGGCCUACAGGCCCCGCCGGUCCCACUGGCGAAAGAGGUUCGCCUGGUCUUCCUGGUCUCCCCGGCCCUGAUGGUCCCGUCGGCCCCAAAGGCAAUCCUGGAGAUAGAGGUAUUCAAGGUCCUCCCGGAGUGAAAGGCAGCAAUGGUGAUAUUGGACCUCCAGGGUUGCCUGGUCUACAAGGUUUGCGUGGUCUGCCCGGGCGAGUUGGCCCCGAUGGCAGAGAUGGCCCCCCUGGCGAAAGAGGUAUUCCCGGUGCUGAUGGAAAACCCGGCGAACAAGGUCCACAAGGUUUACAAGGCUUGCCAGGACCGAUGGGUAUUCCCGGCGACAAAGGUAUUCCUGGCGAACCCGGUAAAGCUGGUGAACCUGGUGCUGCAGGCCCCCCAGGACCACGUGGUGAUAAUGGCAAAGAUGGCUUACCAGGCGCCCAAGGACCCCCAGGCCCACAAGGUCAAGAUGGACAACGAGGUGAAGCGGGACCAACUGGUCCCAGAGGCUUUCAAGGUUUGCCUGGGGCACUUGGUAGCCCUGGUGCUCCUGGAAAGGAUGGUGCUCAUGGUCCCCCUGGCCCUCAGGGUCAAAUAGGUCCGGUCGGCUUAAGAGGAGAGAGAGGCUAUCCUGGCGAAAGAGGUCCUGUUGGACAGCCAGGCACACCCGGUGAAAGAGGAGAACCAGGAAAUCCUGGACAUGAUGGUCCUCCUGGUCUAACGGGAAAACAAGGCGAAAAAGGUCACAUGGGUGCUCCAGGCAUGAUGGGUUUACCCGGCCAAAAAGGAUUGCCUGGUCCAUCUGGUAUUAAAGGUGAUCGUGGCAGUACUGGUCCUAUUGGCCCAGAGGGAUCUCCUGGUCGCCCUGGUGAUCGUGGGCCUCAAGGCAAUGUCGGCCCACCCGGUGCUCCCGGCGAACCUGGUGAGAGAGGUAGCAAUGGAAAUCCUGGUACUCCCGGCGAACAAGGAUCAGCUGGUGUUCCUGGUGAACGAGGCCCCAUUGGUCCAGCUGGACCUCCCGGAUUCCCUGGUGCUCCCGGAAUUGCUGGUCUACCUGGCGCCAAAGGCGAUCGCGGAUUAAUGGGAAUCAAGGGAUCCCAAGGCAAUACAGGACCUCAAGGACAACCUGGUGAACAAGGCCAACCUGGCCCAAUUGGUUUGACUGGGCCCAAAGGUGCUCGCGGUGAAACUGGUCUUAGAGGUGAGCCUGGUAUAAGCGGUUUGCCCGGAAGACCUGGAGAGAUGGGACCUGUUGGACAACCAGGCAGUCCAGGUCAACCCGGUAUGGCUGGGCCUCAGGGUCUUAAAGGUAAUGCAGGAGAACCAGGACGUGCCGGAUUGCCGGGAAGUCCAGGUUUGCAGGGACCUCCUGGCUUGGAAGGUCAAAAAGGAGAAACUGGCAAUGAUGGACCCACAGGUGCCCCAGGAAAUCCUGGCCCACAAGGCCCUACAGGUGAUCGCGGUAUUCCAGGUUUACCUGGACCCCCGGGCGCAGCCGGCUUAAGAGGUAUGAGAGGUCCAGUGGGAGAACCAGGACAACAAGGUAAACCCGGUAAAGAUGGUCCACCUGGGCCUCAAGGCUUGGUGGGACCCCAAGGCAAUCCCGGCCCCGCAGGAGAACAAGGACCUGUUGGUGCAGCAGGCAAACAAGGCCCACCUGGCAUUCAAGGCAGACCAGGAGAUAAGGGACCUCCCGGUCAACAAGGAAAUCAAGGACCUGCUGGCAAUCCUGGUCAGCCCGGACAACCAGGACCCAUGGGUCCUGCAGGUCCACAUGGAGAACGUGGUUCUAAAGGUGAAACAGGACUGCCAGGUGUGGAAGGACCAAUGGGCCCCAGAGGCAAACCAGGACCCCCAGGACAUGAAGGACCCAAAGGAGAAACCGGAGAACCUGGCCCCAAAGGCAUCAAAGGUCACCGAGGUUUGAUUGGUUUGCAAGGUAUGCCAGGAACUCCCGGUUUAAAGGGAGAUGUUGGUCCAUCAGGUAUGCCAGGAGCUCCUGGUAAGCCAGGUGAAAUGGGUAUGAGAGGUCCCCAGGGCAGAGAUGGCAAUAUUGGUCCACAAGGUCAACCUGGGCCAGCUGGACCUAGAGGCUUCAGUGGACAUGAUGGCAAACCUGGCCCCAUGGGUCCAUCUGGACCCCCCGGUCCACCAGGUCCUCCAGGAGAAACUCUGGGCUAUGAUGUGGCCGCACUUACUGCUCUUCUCAGCCAGGGCCAAACAAAGGGUGUUGAUGUAAUGGACGAUCAACCAAUGAUCGAUAAGCUAACCGAAGGCCUAUCCGAUGACGAAAGGCAUGCCCUGGUGAUGAAGGCGUUCGAUCAUGUCAGAGCCUCAUUCGAAAGAUUUAAGAAACCAAAUGGUCAGCAGUCUGCUCCAGCCAGAACUUGUCGAGAUCUGUAUGCGGCCUAUCCAGAUUUCAAAUCCGGAGAAUAUUGGAUUGAUCCCAAUGAGGGUGAUGCUCAGGAUGCCAUACUGGUGCGUUGUGAAAAAGAAAACCGGGCCACAUGCAUAUUGCCACAACCUAAGGAAUCGAAUGUACUGAGCUACACCGGAGACGACAAGGAAAUAUGGUUGGGAGAAAUGGCCGGAGGAAUGGACAUCAACUACAAGGCCGAUUCCAAUCAAAUGGGUUACCUACAGUUGCUGUCGGCCAAGGCAUCCCAGAAAAUCACCUUCCAUUGUCGAAACACUGUGGCCUACAUGGAUGAUGAGGAAAAUUCAGCACGAAACGGCUUGAAGUUAUUAACCUGGAAUGAUGCCGAACUAACACCAAAGGGACCACAGAGACUGCGUUUCGAAGCCGAAAUGGAUGAGUGCAGAAAACGUUCCAAUACCUGGGCCAAGACCAUUGUCACCUAUACAACUCAAAAGACCCAGAGACUGCCAAUCGUGGACAUAGCCAUUAGAGAUGUGGGUGCGGCUAAUCAACAAUUCCGUGUGCAACUAGGCCCAGCAUGUUUCUAUUAGAGGCUCCUGUUUUAGAUGUAGAACGCACACACACACACACACACAUAGAGAAUAUUUUUAUUUUGUUUAGUUUAGAUUUUUAAGUUAACCUGGAAGAACUCUCUCAGCGAACGAAUUUACUUAAUUGUUGUUGUAAACAACGACAGCAACAACACCACGAACAACAAGACCAAAGGAUCACGAAACCAAAGUGCUCUUACAGCAACAAUGCUCUUAAUUUUACAAACUAAGGAAGACGAUAUACAGAGGAGAAUAUCUACACAAAAACACACACGCACACACACUGCUACUUAAAAACACAUACACACUGCUCUUAAUAGUUUCUAAGAGAAGGCGAAGAAAAUGAUGAUUAUGAAGAACAAGAAGAGGAGGAGGCAAAAGAAAAAAACGUACCAAAACCCAAUGAAGUUAAUUUUAGAUAAAUAAAAGCAAUUGUUCGUUAUAGCAA